GAUUUGGAAACAUGUAGUCAGACAAUAAUGAAGUUCAGUAAUGAUUCAUCACGCAGGUUUAAACGGUAAAGUGUUUGUUGCAGAAACAGAGAAAGAAGCGGAGCUCAGCGGAGUGGCUAGGUGACCUUUGGCUGUCGUCGGAGAGAGAGAGAGAGAGAGAAAGAGAUAGAGAGAGAGAAAGAGAUAGAGAGAAAGAGAUAGAGAGAGAGAGAGAGAGAGAGAGAGAGAGAGAUAGAGAGAGAGAAAGAGAUAGAGAGAGAGAGAGAGAGAGCCGGGGAGGAGCAGCCACACAGACGGUAGUUAGCUUAGUUUAGCUUAGUAACGGUCGGUAGCCGUCAGGAAGAAGAAGUGUCACCGCCUGCCCGCACCGAGGGACGUGGAGAGCCCGUCCGAGCUCAUGGCUGCUCUCGGUAACUCCGGGGCCACCUCCAGUCCCAUGGUGGUCCUGGCCCCGAAGACCAAAACGAAAAAGAAGCAUUUCGUGCAGCAGAAGGUGAAGGUGUUUCGAGCGAGCGACCCCGUCCUGAGCGUCUUCAUGUGGGGCGUCAAUCACUCGAUCAGUGAUCUGACCCAGGUUCCUGUCCCUGUCAUGCUGCUGCCUGAUGACUUUAAAGCCAACACAAAGAUCAAAGUCAACAACCACCUCUUCAACAAAGAAAAUCUUCCAGGACAUUUCAAGUUUAAAGAGUACUGUCCUCAGGUCUUCCGCAAUCUAAGGGAACGGUUUUGUAUUGAGGAUCUGGACUAUCAGUUUUCGUUGACCCGCAGCCCCCCGAUGAGGAGCGUAGAUGACCAGGGAGAGGGUCUGCUCCUCAACUCCUACGACCGGACGCUGCUCAUCAAGCAAAUCUCCAGCGAGGAUGUUGCAGAUAUGCACAGCAUCCUGUCAGAAUAUCACCAGCACAUAGUGAAGUGUCAUGGCAGCACGCUGCUGCCGCAGUUCCUGGGCAUGUACAGGGUGAGCGUGGACAGCGAGGAGACGUACCUGAUCGUCAUGAGGAACAUGUUCAGCCACAGACUGGUGGUACACAGGAAGUACGACCUGAAGGGCUCUCUGGUGGCUCGUGAAGCAAGUGACAAAGAAAGGGGAAAAGAGCUUCCUACCUUCAAGGACAUGGACUUCAGGAACAACAUGCAGAAGGUUUACGUGACCGAUGAGCAGAAGGAGAAGUUCAUGGAGAAACUCAACAGAGAUGUGGAGUUCCUGGUGAGGCUGAAGAUCAUGGACUACAGCCUGCUGCUGGGCAUCCAUGACGUGGGACGAGCCGAGCGUGACGAGGAGGAGGGCGAGGAGGUUUCCAACGAUGAGGAACCGGAGGCGGAGAAUGGCCUGGCAGCGGGCGCCGCCGUGGGCUCCUACGGCACGUCUCCAGAGGGAAUCGCUGGCUACAUGUCCUGCUGCAAACCCCUGGGGCCCGGAGAGUUCGACCCCUAUGUGGACGUGUACGCCUUCGGGAGCUGUCAAGGAGCCCCUCAGAGGGAGGUCUACUUCAUGGGCCUGAUUGACGUCCUGACUCAGUACGACACCAAGAAGAAAGCCGCUCAUGCAGCAAAAACUGUCAAACACGGAGCUGGUGCUGAAAUCUCCACGGUCCACCCCGAGCAGUAUGCCAAACGAUUCCGCGACUUCAUCUCUAACAUCUUUGCGUAACGCUCUGCUUUGAACGCUGCCAAACCGUCGACCCAGCUGAGAGCUACACGUCUAUUUUUACCAUCGACCAAAAAUAGCACGCGGUGAUCCGAGGCGAGGCGACUCAACGUUGUAGCAACAUAAUGUACUACUUCUGAUGCAUAUAUUUAUUUUUAAGAUUUAAGAUGCAUUUAUAUGGAAGCCCAUUUCUGCCGAUGAAAAAAUAAAACACACCACAAGUCCUUAGAAUGAGAAACUUCCUCAAAAUAAUGGAAAACUCUCACUGUAAUGACUUGGUAUCUCAAAAUAAUGAGAAACAUUCUGCAAAAUGGAAAUUUUCUCAUCAUAAUGACUUGCCUCUCCCGAAAUAAUGACUUAAUAUCUCAAAAUAAUGAAACAAUCUCAAAAUAUUGACUUAGUAUCUGAAAAUAAUAAAACUUUUUCAGCAUAAUGACUUAGUAUCUCAACAUAUAUCCAAAAUAAUGAGAAACUUCCUCAAAAUAAUGAAAAAAACUCACCGUAAUGACGUAGUGUCUCAAAAUAAUGAGGAACUUUCUGAAAUAAGUAGUAAUUUUCUCAAAAUAAUUAAAAAGUCUCAACAUGAGUUAAUAUCUCAAAUGAAUGAGAAACUUUACCAAAGUAUUGACUUAAUAUCUCAAAAAUAAUGAAACAUUCUCAAAAUAUUGACAUAGUAUCUGAAGAUAAUAAAACUUUAUCAACAUAAUGGAAUAAUAUCUCAAAAUAAUGAGAAGCUUUCUCAAAAUAAUGACUUAGUAUCUCAACAUAUAUCCAAAUGAAUGAGAAACUUUAGCAAAAUAAUGAAAAACUCUCCCGAAAUCUUCCAUAAAUAAUGGAUCUCAAAAUAAUGAGAAACUUUCUCCAAAUAUGGAAAUUUUCACAUCAUAAUGACUUGCCUUUCCCAAAAUAAUGAGAAACUUAUUCAAAUGAAUGAGAAACGUUCUCAAAGUCAUAACUUAGUAUCUCAACAUAUAGAAACUUUAGCAAAAUAAUGAAACUCUCACAAAAUAAUGAGAAACUCUCACAAAAUCUUAUUAUCUCAAAAUAACAAGAAAUAUUCUCAAAAUAAUGACAUAGUGUCUCAGAAUAAUAUGUAAUUGUUUUUUUUCAAAGAUACUAAGUCACUAUUUUGAGUAACAUUAUUUUGAGAAACUAAGUCAUUAUUUUUGUAACGACAAAAAAGCAGCAAAAUGACCUUUUGCCAAUUAGUAAACAGUUCUGUGACAUGUUGACCUAUAUUUCAAACUAUCUGUAACUUUUCAGUUUUCAUCUUAUGUUUUUGUUUUAUUGGCAGAGUUUAGCUUCCAUACAUGUCUUUAUAGAUAUUAAGCACUAGUUAAAGGAAUAACUCUGGAGCGUGAGGGUACAUUGAAACAAACUGCUGUUGAUCAGUGUUAAACCACAUCAGUGCAAGAUCAAAUUUUUUUUUUUUGUCAGCCACUUUGAUCUGGUUCCCCAGGCAUGAACUAAAAAAGAAACAGUUUCACAUUUUGGGACAUUAGUUUAUUUACUUUAUUGCCAAAAGUUAAACGAGUGAAAACCCAAGUAACCCUGUUUUUUUUGAGUAAAGUUAGUGUGUUUCUGGGCUGCUGUACUGGUGGCAUAAAAGUUGAAAUAGACUCGACUCACAUAACCAGCAAGUCAGUGAGAGAGCACAAGAAACUCCAUGAGAAAAAAAACUUCCUGAACCCUCUGAUAUGUUUUCUUUUAGAGAUCACCAAAAAUACAUGUUUAUCAUAGAAAGAAACUGUAAAAAUAGGCAUUAUUGUCAACAUUUGAACUUUUUCAGCAACUCUUUUAUAGAUCACAGGUUGCAGAAGUUUCCAAAACGAAGCUUAAAAUCAUAUUUCUAUCAAAAUGAUUUUAUUGAAAAUGUCGCCAAAAAUAAAGCAUUUGCACUAACCAGAUCCUGUUAAAAACAUUAAAUUCUGCUCCUCAGAGACACUGUGAUGACGUGAUUGAUUCUGCUGAGACCAACGGUCACGUGACAAAUAUUCACUGAAAAUCUGUUUACACAGACCAGAGAAGAGAGGACAGGAAAGGCUGGAAACAAUACGGGAUUUAAAAAUGAACUGAGAACUUUGGCUAUGCAAAUGUCGUAUGAGAAAGUAAAUGCACUGUUUAUUAGACCCCAAGGAUACAGACAAUACAGUCAUUGGAUCAUCAAUGAUUAGACCACCCUUGUUUUCUUCAAUUUCUUGUUUCAUUUUAAUGCCUGGUACAACAAAAGGUACAUUUGUUUUGACAAAUAUAAUGAUAACAACAACAAGAUAGCUGAUAAGAGUUUAUUUAAGAGCUGAUAUCUAGCCAUUUUCCAUGGUUUUCUUGAUGAUGAUUUUGGUUAUUAUCAAUAAAACCAUGGGAAAUGGCUAGAUAUCAGCUCUUAAAUGAAACUUGUGUUUUUGUUAUUACAUUUGUUCUAACAAAUGUACCUUUAGUUGUACCAGGCAUAAAAUAAAAAGAAAAUGAAAAAGGAAAUAAAUGGAGAAAAUCAGGGUGGUCUAAUAUUUUUUCCAUGACUGUAUAUCUUUCCCUGAAUGUGAAAAUGAGAGGUUUUGUAGUUUUUACACCCCCGUUUUUGUACCAAAUUAAAAUAAAUGAGAUAUAGCAUGUUAAGGAGCUGUUUGAUAUUGAUCCUUUCAUCUUCGUAAGCAGGUGAACGUAGUUCCCAAAGUGUGAAACUAUUCCUUUAAAUUUGCAAAUAAUCUUUCAGGGGAUGGAAGUGGAGACUUUAUACUGUAUAUCUAAUGAAGCAGGCCAUUUGAAUGUUCAGAGUGCCAAAUGUGUGGGAUCAAAGCUUUACCUUUGCACUUCGCAUACAAUUAAAAUCAAAUGGAUCACAUACUUUUUUUCCACCAAAGUCUUCUACUAAAUUUACAGGAAAAUGUACAGAACAGCUUUGUCAGUUGAAAUGGUAAAUGUGUGGUAUUUAAACUAGAGAGCAUAUCAAAUGGUUUAUCCUGUAAACGUGCCCGGCAGCCGGGCCCGAAUUAAUGAAGUGACUAGUCCUGAUUUUUGGGAUCAGUCCUGCCUUUUUAAUUAAAUACCUUCAUGUGUGGAUCCAAUAUCAAAAAACUGAAAAUGUGCGACUCCAUCAACAUUGUGGACAGACUCCUCUUUGAACGUGACGUAGUGUUUUGUGCAUUAAAACGGCAGAUAUGUGAAUCAUUGUGAUAGGGGUAAGCUUAUAUAGCAAAAGAACCAUCGUCUUUGUGUUGUUAUGACAUUUGAGAUUUAGUGAUAACCAGGGUACUGUGGAAAAACACUGAAGACUAUAACACUACAUUUCAGUAGCUUCUGCAGUGCGCCUUAACACAGUGACAUGAUACAGCAUUCCUAAACACUGGCAAGGCAGCGUGGACACAGCUCGCUCUGUACGAGGCCUCAUCUACUCGAUAAUUGCACAUGUUGUAUUUUUGGACCAAAAAUAUAUUUUACAAAGAAUUUCUGAAAAA